AUGUGUGUGUGCUGCCCUGCGUUGAGGUCCAGAUCUCGGCAACCUGUUAAAAGAUAUAAGAAACUGCUUGCUGAGAUUUUCCCCAAGUCCCUUGAUGGUCAUCCAAAUGAAAGAAAAAUUGUCAAGUUAUGUGAAUAUGCUGCAAAAAACCCAUUUCGAAUCCCGAAGAUUGCAAAAUAUCUAGAAGAAAGGUGCUACAAGGAACUGAGGAGUGGGCAUGUCAAGUUCAUUAAUAUUGUUACGGAGGCAUACAACAAGUUGCUCUGCAUGUGCAAGGAUCAGAUGGCAUGCUUUGCCAUUAGCUUGUUGAAUGUCGUCAGUGAACUCUUGGACAAAUCUAAGCAGGAUCCAUUGUUGAUACUUGGAUGCCAAACAUUAACGAGGUUCAUCUAUAGUCAGGCAGAUGGAACUUACUCACAUAACAUUGAAAAGUUUGUUCAUAAAGUGUGUAACCUGGCACGUGAGAAUGGGAAUGGAAAUCAUAAACGUCGCUUGAGAGCUUCAAGUCUGCAAUGCCUUUCAGCAAUGGUGUGGUUCAUGGCAGAGUUCUCAUACAUUUUUGCUGCUUUUGAUGAGAUUGUGCAUGUCACAUUAGAUAACUACGAGCCAGAUGAAGAAGAUGAUGUGAGAGAAGAGGCACAUCAUAAUUGGUUGGAUGUUGUUAGAUCUGAGGGAAGAGUUGCAGAUAUGGGCUCUAGCUGCAUGGCCAUUAGACCGCGACCAGAAAAGAAAGAUCCAUCUCUUUUGACAAGGGAAGAGAUUGAGACACCCAGAGUAUGGGCUCAAAUUUGUAUUCAAAGAAUGGUUGAGCUGGCAAAGGAGAGUACAACAAUGCGGCAAGUAUUGGAUCCAAUGCUUGUGUACUUUGAUUCUGGACAUCACUGGGUUCCUCGGCAAGGGUUGGCCAUGAUAGUUUUGUCUGAUAUGUCUUACUUAUUGGACAGUGCAGGCCACCAUCAGUUGGUUUUAGCUGCUGUCAUACGCCAUCUGGACCAUAAAAAUGUUGCACAUGAUCCUCAAGUCAAGGCUUAUGUCAUAGAAGUUGCUGCAGCUUUGGCUAGACAAAUUAGAUCAGGAGCAGUGCUGACAGAAAUUGGGUACGUCAGUGAUCUAUGGAGGCAUCUGAGGAAAAGUCUUCAGGCUGCAGUUGAAUCUGUAGGAGAGCAAGAGUCAAAUUUGAACAUCUCACUCCAGCAUUCCAUUGAAGAUUGCUUGCUUGAAAUUGCUAAAGGAAUUCGCGAUGUGCGACCAUUAUUUGACAUUAUGGCUAUAGCACUGGAGAAGCUGCCAUCUUCUUCUGGAGUUUUUACCCGUGCAACCAUUGGAUCAUUGAUGAUUCUUGCCCAUACGAUUUCAUUAUCAUCACUCAGUUGUCAUUCACAGCAGGUUUUUCCUGAAGUACUUCUUGUCCAACUUUUGAAAGCAAUGCUGCAUCCAGAUGUUGAGGUGCGAGUUGGAGCACACCAGAUAUUUUCAGCUCUUCUCAUUCCAAGUUCUGAUCAUCCCCUACGUGAAGCUGCUUCCCAGCGACCUGGUUAUACUUGCGAACCAAAAGGAUGGCACUCUGAUGAGGCAUCUGCUUCAAUUUCAUCACUACUUGAAAAGCUCCGAAGAGAGAAAGAUGGUGCCAAAAUGGAAAAGCAUGGAAAUGAUGCCCAUGAUGGUUAUAAAGAAAGGGAUGUUGUUGAAGAAGAUUGGAAGCAAGGGCGUCCCCGAAAGAAUUCCCCUAAUUUCUACAAAAUAAGUUCUAUAAUAGAUAGGACUGCAAAUACCACCAACUUGUCUCAUGCAGAACCGCAUAUUAUGAAGCUUAGCGAGGAUCAAAUAGCACAACUGCUGUCUGCCUUCUGGAUACAAGCCAACCUUCCAGAUAACACGCCCUCAAAUAUAGAAGCUAUAGCUCAUUCUUUUGUUUUGACACUUAUUUCUUCACGAUUGAAGAACCCAAAUGACAACCUCGUGGUCCGCUUCUUUCAGCUUCCGCUUUCUCUCAGAAAUUUAUCCUUAGACCUGAACAAUGGAAUGUUACCUCCAGCAUGCCAGAGAUCAAUUCUAGUAUUAUCGACAGGCAUGUUGAUGUUUGCGGCUAAAACAUAUCAAAUUCCCGAGUUGAAUGACUUGCUCAAGUCAUUGCUUCCUUAUGAUGUUGAUCCUUACAUGGGCAUUAGUGAUGACCUUCAAGUACAUGUAAAGCCUCAGGCCGAUGUGAGAGAAUAUGGAUCUGUUGCGGAUAAUCAAUUAGCUGCAUCUUUACUCUUUGAGCUACAAAGCAAAAUCUGUGAAUCUGACAAGGUCUUAAUGGACAUCUUAAUACGGACCCUGUCUACCACUACUGAGCUGGAGGUGGAUGAGUUGGCUCGGCAAUUGUUAGAACCAUUUACUCCUGAUGAUGCAUUCAUGUUUGGUCCACAAUCAAUACUUGAUGAUCACAAUCAAAUGGUUUCCCAUUCCAAGGAAUCACUUUCCUUUGAUGAGGAUAUUGCAACAAAUUCGUUGGUCGAUGAUGAUGGGAUAAGUGAAGCAUCUGUUGCAGACCUUUCCCGCUUCAUUCCAAAAAUUCCUUCAUCCCCAUCUAUCUCCCAUGUUAUCAGCAUUGGACAGCUUUUAGAAUCGGCACUAGAGGUAGCGGGUCAAGUGGCAGGGACUUCAGUCUCUACAUCACCUCUCCCAUAUGACACCAUGGCCAAGCAUUGUGAAAAUCUGGGGACUGGCACAAGAAAGAAGCUCUCCAACUGGCUGACCUAUGAAAAUCAUUACAUCAGAGCGAAUGAGAAACACUUACCAGCAUUUGCUGCAAAUGGAUGCUUGGCACCUUGGAAGAGGAAAUUAGAUUUGAUUGGUCGGGGCAACAAGAAGGUCCAGCACGGUGAUAUUGAAGAACCAUCUGGAGAUUCUUGCUCUCAUGUAGUCAAUGUUCGUGAUGAAUACACUUGCAAGGGUUCGUUUAACGAGGAUGAUAAUGAGGGGUGUCUGACUAUUGUACAUUCGGUGACAAACAAGAAGAGGAUUAGACAUCAUUGGGAACCAUCCUUAAUUGUGAAGAUCCUGGGAAGAAAAAUUGGUCAUCAUUUCGGUGACAAACAAGAAGAGGAUUUGUUGAAUCUUUUAGUUCAUGGAUGUUGGUGCAAGAAACGUGUGAAUCCUACCAUUCAAGAUACUAAGAAUGCUAAAUCAGGAGAUAUUAACUUUGUUUUAGGGAGACAUGGGAAGGUUAAAAAUGGGAAGUAUAUUUCCCAUUUCAAAUCUUCUCCAUCUUGGAGAGUUGUUGGUGAUUUAUCAAAUUCUAGAGCUAGAACUCAACUGGGUCAAGAUGCGCAUGAUCCUAAUAAAGAUAUUUCACGACAAAACCCUUGUGGAAUUAAGCCCGCCAUUAAGAGUAAGACAUACCAAGCUUGA